CAUGUCUAUGGACUAAUGGCUUUCCAUCCACUAUUUUUGCAGUGGCUUCCUCUAUUUUUAUUGUUGCUUCCAAUUCUGUGUCUGUUCAUUCUUAAGCCAAAAAACAGAGAGAAGCAAAUACCUAAUCUUCCUCCAAGCCCUCCACGUCUUCCCAUCAUAGGCAACCUUCACCAACUUGGGAAAGCCCCUCAUCAAUCUCUGUGGAAAUUGUCCCAAAAAUAUGGCCCUAUCAUGCUCUUAAAACUUGGUCAAGUCCCAACUCUUGUCAUCUCUUCCUCUGAAAUGGCCAAAGAGGUCUUAAAAACUCAUGAUCAUGAAUGUUGCUCUAGGCCUCCCACGGAAAGCUUAAGGAGAAUUUCUUACAAUUUCUUAGACGUUGCCUUCUCUCCCUAUAGUGAUUACUGGAGAGAGAUGCGUAAGCUUUGUGUCAUAGAGCUUCUCAGUUCCAAAAGGGUGAGAUCCUUCGAGUUCGUAAGGAAACAAGAAAUGGCUCGUUUCAUAAACUUCGUCUCCGAGGCUUCACCAAAUGAGGUCAAUCUCACCAAAAAGAUGUUCUCUUUGGCGGAUGCAAUGGUAUGUAGGAUUGUUUGUGGUAGGACAUAUGAGGGGAAACAAUUCGAAUUUGGUUCGCUUGAAGACGCCAUACACGAAGCCAUGACCAUGAUGGCAAGUUUCUCUGCAGCAGAUUCCUUUCCAUAUUUUGGAUGGAUUGUAGAUGUUUUCACUGGAUUUCAUGCUAGGAGGGAGAAGUGCUUCCACAACUUCGAUAAAUUCUACCAAAGGAUGGUUGACGAGCAUCUUGAUCCUGCCCGGCCAAAGCCUGAGCAUGAAGAUAUCAUUGAUGUCCUGAUUCGACUAUUAAAGGAUCAAACCAUGGCUGGAGGUCUCACUAAAGAUAGUAUCAAGGCAGUACUUGUGAACGUAUUUCUUGCUGGAGUAGACACCAGUUCUAUUACCGUUGUGUGGGCAAUGACAGAGCUAUCCAGAAACCCGCGAGUGAUGAAGAAACUACAAGCUGAAAUCAGAAAUUGUGUUGGGAAGAAGGGAAUAGUUGAAGAAAGCGACAUUGAAAAGCUUGACUACUUGAAAUUGGUGGUGAAAGAGACUCUGAGGCUACACCCUCCGGCUGUGCUGCUACUACCGCACGAAACAAUGGUGCAGUGCAAGAUUGGUGGCUACGAUGUUUACCCGAAAACAAGGAUCCAAGUGAAUGCGUGGGCAAUCCAUAGAGACCCCCAAAAUUGGAAGGAGCCUGAAGAGUUCAUCCCAGAGAGGUUUGAGAAUAGUUGCAUUGAUUUUAAAGGUCAGCAUUUCGAGUUUUUGACAUUUGGAGCUGGUAGAAGGAUCUGCCCGGGCUUAGUAAUGGCAACCACAACUGUAGAGUUUGUGCUUGCAAACCUUGUCUACCGCUUUGAUUGGCAACUGCCCAGUGGGAUGAAGAUUGAAGAUAUUAGCUUGGAAGAGGAAGGCACUUUUACUGUCUAUAGAAAAUUGCCUCUUUGCCUCGUGCCCAUCAAAUAUAACUUCCAGUAAGAUAAUGUUUACACUGUUUCAUCGCAGUUAUUAAUCGGAGAGUGUGUAUUAUGACCGAUGCAUAUAAAUAAGAAUGGACUAGUUUCUUUUUAUA